AUGAAAGAAGAAACAUUAAAAGGUUGGCAUCUGAUAUGGUGGUUAUUUAAAUUGUUUGGAUUUCCUAUCACUAUUCCAUGGUUGAUAUAUCAUUUCUUUGAUAUAAUGCAACAAAAAAGAAGAAAAAAUAUGCUUCGUGGAAAGGUUGUGAUAAUAACUGGGGCCAGUUCUGGAUUAGGAGAAGCAUUGGCACAUGUUUUCUAUGACAUUGGUUGUAAACUUAUUUUGAUCUCCAGAAGGAAAGAGGAAUUGGAAAGAGUGAAAAAUGACUUAAUGAAUACUCACGUUACAAUACCAACUUACCCUCCAGUAAUUUUACCAUUAGAUAUAACUAAUAUUAAUUCUCUACAAAAUGAAGUCGCAAAAAUAAUAGAUAUCCAUGGAAAAAUUGAUAUUUUGAUUAAUAAUGCUGGCACUGCUUACAGAGGUGAAAUUAUUAAUACUAAUAUGGAUGUAAAUAUAAAAAUAAUGCUUACAAAUUACUUCGCUCAAAUUGCGUUAGCAAAAGGUCUGCAUAUGCAGCUUCUAAAUAUGCAUUACAAGCAUGGUGUGAUUGCUGCAGAGCAGAAUUGCAUGAAAAAAAUAUAAAAGUUACAGUUAUUAGUCCUGGUUAUAUAAGAACUUCUUUUUCAUUGAAUGCAUUAACAGAAAAUGGACAAAUUUAUGGAGUAAUGGAUAAAACUACACAAGAGGGAUAUGACCCAAAAUAUGCAGCACAUUGUAUCUUAAAAGCAGUAUUGAAAGAAAAAAAAGAUGUAUUAAUAGCACCAUUUAUUCCAAAACUUGCAGUUUAUAUACGCACUUUAUGCCCAUCAUUAUAUUUUUGGAUAAUGCAAAGGCAAUUUAAGAAAUCAAAGGCAAAGAUAUCAUAA